ACCGUUCUUGUACUGUGCUGUGGCUCUACAUGCUUGUGAUCAAUGUCUGACUCGGAGAUACGUUUCCCCCACACAAAUAUCUGCAUGUUUUCUGGCUCAUCCGCCUGAUCAUCUGCUGUACACGCACCGUGGCCAAACAUCAGUCGCUGCCGUGCUUUCGAAAUGUUCCAAACACGAUGCAUGGGACGAUGCAAAUGUGUUUAGUGUCAGUGACAUCCCCAUCAGCGGAGCUUUACCGCCCUCUCAGGGGGCCUCGGAGGCGUGGAGGGAGCGCAGGGGUGUGGCGGCGAUGGGGGGCGACGCUGGCGCAUGUAAACACAAGAGUCGUUUGUGUUCACAGUUACAAUGUUUGCCGUUUGGUUCAACGCAGCUACGAGCGAUGUGUGUGCAUGUUGAGCUGAGGUGUGGUGACCAAAGUGAUACACAAAACUUGAAUGCAGCACCUAAUUCCUGUUUACACGUCACGUUUACAUCCUAGAUGUGAAGCUGAAAACUCACUCUGUGUCAAUUUUAUCAUCCAAAAAAAAAAAAAAAAAUAACACCACACUUGCUAACCUGACACAUAUCGAUCUUUUAGAAGCAAAGUUUUUAACAAUAUGGAUGUUGAAAGACGUGCACUUAGAGAGAUCAGGAACAAAACCACAGGUGUCAAACUCCAGGCCUCGGGGCUGAAUCGGACCUGCUAUGGCAUUUCAUGUGGCCUGUGAGGGCUUUAGCUUGGCCUGUUUUAAGCGCACAAUAAUGUUGAUGUCCGGCAAUUUCGUGAAGGGAAUAUGACAAUAGAUGGGGGAAAUGGGAUGAGAAAAUGUAACAGAGCUAUGCUAAAACAUACUCUCAGUAAUUCAAUUUAAUGCUUAUUUCUUAUGAAAGGAUGCUGAAUUUUGGGCCCUUGCAUAAAUGAGCUUGGCACCUGUGGCAAGUAAUAUGUUAUUACUGUGUAGUACACAAGCAACAAGGGCAAAUCACUACUAUGCUUGUGCUGCUUUUAGUUGAGUAGGAAGUCAUUGGUUUGAGUCCCAGUAAGGAAACUAGUGUGGGGCCUUGGUCUACACACUGAUCUAUUAUCAAUGACUUUUUUAAAAAAAGAAAAAGUCACCAGCUAAAAUAACGAAUAAAAUUAUAGCAGUUUUAUUUUUCCAAAAAUGUUUUCAAUUCAAUUCAAUUCAAAUAGCUUCCACCAAAAAGUAAUCCUAAUAUUUUUAUCAAGUAAGUUAAACCUUUAAAACUUUGUACAUUGUAAUGUCAUUGGUAUUGUCACAUGCUAGCUAACUGGUUACAGUUGUCAGAUGUAUGACUGUUGGGUGUUAUUUCAUGUUCUACUGUAUGUAUUAUUACAUUGUUACAGUAAUUCUAAGUCUAAGAAGUCUGCAUGCUAGCAGCUGCUUCAAACACAAUAUCUGUGCGAGGACACCACUGGGAAACAUCAGCAUGAAUACAGAUUUUUGGGGUCUUUUGUUGGCGCUUAUUAGUUGGUAUACUUUCCAUUUCAUUGUGUUUCAUUUACCCUCUGAACUGAGUUUAUUUUUCCUAUUUCAGGAAGUUACAAUAUCAGUAAUUACCAUCCUUUUUUUAUUAUUACAUGAGUUUUAAGCAUGCUGCUAAGAAGAAGAUCGCCGGUCUGCAAAAAGAAAAAAAAAAAAGAAUUUGAUGGGCGGAAAAGAGGACGGAGAGUUGGAAGACGGAGAGAUAGAUGAUGAGGGCAUCGGCAUCGAGGAGGAACACAUGGAGGUCGCCGAUGUGCCCGAGGAGAAGGAAAAGGUGAAAGAAAAGGAGAAAGUCAAGGAGAAAGAGGAGAGGAAUCAUAACCGCCACAGCAGGAAGCGCUACAAGAAGACCAAAGAGAAGAGGCGGUCCAAGCGGAGGAGACGGGACAGACACCACUCUCCCUCCAGCAGCUCUGACAGCUCAGACACCUCUGACUCCGAAUAUGAAGAACCAGAAAGACCCAAAAAACGCUUCAGCCAGGGCCGUGAGUCUGAGAGCCAGCAUGGGCGGGACUCGAAGGGAAGUCAUGGUGUCUCGCAGAAGUCAUCUCCACACCGCGGCGGCGACUACGAGAAGUACAGUGAUUACAGCGAGGACAAGUACGACUACGACGAGGAGGAGGAAGAUUAUGAGGAUGAGUCUGGCGGUCAGGGGAAGGGACGCUAUGGUAAAGACCAGAUGAAUCGUGGGAACGCCAGAGGCUUGAAACAACAAUUUGGACAAAGGGGGCGAGGCAGGGGAAGUGGCCCGGGAAGAGGACGAGGGAUGCUCCUGAAGAAUAAGAAAGGGAAGCUCUGGGGAGGACGUGGCCGAGGCAGGGGGGACCAAGGCAUGGACGACAUGUCAUCUGACGGGAAAAACCCUUCCGGCUUCCAGAAGAAACGGCCGAUCAUGAGUAAGGAGUUCAUCAACCAGCACACAGUGGAGCACAAUGGGAAAUACAUCUGCAAGUACUUUCUGGAGGGCCGAUGCAUCAAGGGAGAUCAGUGCAAGUUUGAACACGAGCUGGUCGUACCGGACAAGAAGAAGGAGCUCUGUAAAUUCUACCUCCAAGGAUACUGCAGUAAAGGAGACAAGUGUAUUUAUAUGCACAGUCAGUACCCCUGCAAGUUCUUUCACACCGGAGCUCAGUGCUACCAAGGAGACAACUGCAAGUUUUCCCAUGAGGACCUGAACGACGUGACCAGAGAGCUGUUGAAUAAGAUUAUUUACACUGAGGAAGAGAAUGCUCGGGAGGAUGAGAUGGAGCUGGAGGACCUGAGGAAACAGGGCAUCGCCCCUCUUCCAAAGCCUCCUCCUGGGGUGGGCCUGCUGCCCACUCCAGGUCAGAGCAGCCCCACUGAUGCUGGGAAGAAGAUUCCUUCUCUCUUUGAAAUCAAGGUUCUUCCCACUGAAGACUUGGUGCACAAGAUUGCCUUAAGUGGAAACUACGAGGAAGGUGAUGAGCAGUUCACUGGAGAGGCAGAGGAGACAGCGACCGCCCCGGCUCCUGCUUCCUCCGAGUCUCCUGGCCAGCUGGCGUCCACGUUACCCUUGAGCCCGCCGGGACUGAACCCGCCGCACGGUUUUCCGAUGCAGCCGCAGUUCCCACCGAGUCAUCCUCCCCCUUUUCAGCCGAAGAUCAAUCCUCAGAUGAACAUGCCAAGGCCUCCGUUCGCCCCGAUGUCUGACCUACAGAUGCUGCAGAGUCUCAUCCAGUUCCCGGCGCUGAGUCAGAACCCAUUGGAGCUCAUCAGCAACUUACUCCAGAGUCAAAGCAACGCCCAAAAAGAAGUGGACCCGAGCGUGGCCUUCAUCCAGAACCUUCAGCAGCAGAUGAGCGUGGAGUCACAGCUCCAGUCUUUACCCGCAGAGGUCCAAAAGGCCAUUUUCCUACACCUGACUCAACAGCAGCAGGAGACAAAGAUGUCAGAGACUCAGAGAGCAGAAAGUCAGGAUUGCGCCAACACAAACAGAGAUGAAAUGUCCAACUGGUACUCAAGCGAGGAAGAGGACGGCGGCAACUGUGUGUCCUCCAUUAUUAAAUGUCUUAAGAAGCAAAGCGAGGCGUCCAAAGCUGCGCUGCCCGGAGCGGCAGCCAGUGAUCCACGUCUGGUCAAGGACAGGGCCACACCCAGUGAUCCACGAGUCAAGAUGGACCCCCGGCACAGGCCUCCAGAAGUGAAAAAGGAGGCAGAGAGUCUCUCCAGGGAUCCCCGGAAGUUGAGACCGGUUGAAUCAAACCGCCAACAGAUUGUUCCCCAAAAACUGCUGACCGGGGACGAGGAGGAGGAAGGAGAGAGGGAACUAAGGGACAGGCCUGUUGUCAUCCCGCUGGACGCCAUUCCUGGGGCCCUGCUGCGAGACCCUCGCUCUCAGUUGAAGCAGUUCAGCCACAUACGAGUCGACAUUCUGCUCUUGCGACCUGCCUUUGCUCAGUCUGUGGUGUGGGCACCUGAAGACCUCAUCCCAUCUCUGGUGCCCAAGCAGGAACACUCCAUCAACCUCCCACUCCCACCUCUGAUCGCAGACGCUCAGAUGAAACGGUCAGGUCUCCCAGAUCACCCCAGUGUAUCAAGCCCCCCGCCCUCUGACCCCAGACUGGCAGCUGCCCGUGUGAAGGAGCGCACAAGUCGGCUGCCGUCUGGAUCCUCCGCUGACAGACCUGUAGACCCACGUCAACAGAAGAGUUUGGACCCCAGACUGAGGCGCACCGGAAGUCUUGACUCCAAAUUGCUAGGUCCGAAGGAGUCGGCCAGCGGGGGAGGGGCUGUGGACCCUAGGCUAGUGAAGGUCAGCGCUACAUCUGCCACACAAGCAGAUCAGGGCAAGUCAGUGCCUGAGAAGCUGCCACCAUACGCUCCUCGCUUGGCCUCCUCCGGUCUGGAGAGUCCCACUACAAUCCUGGGGGGCAUCAGUUUGUAUGAUCCUCGAGGUCAAACGGAGCAGGCGGACCCAGUGAAGCGCCCUGGUAUCUUGAAACUGCCCGCGGCCAAAGAAGACCCCGCACCUGCUUCUCUUUCCCCAACACAACACAGCGGCUCCAACCAGGAGACAAAAAGUGUGGAACCCAGUCAGGCUCCACCGUCAAACCCAGAGCUCCCGACUGUCAAAGCACCGGCUGUACAUAACCUCCCUGUCCAGGCUCUUGCGGGUCUGAUAAGACCCCAGUACAGUGACCCACGACAGGCCAAACUAGUGGGACAAACUGGGUCUGGUGGACAAGAAGACACCACUGCGGCGAAGAAGGAGCUGGACGAUGUUACAGCGGAGACGGCAAACGAAGAGGACUCCGAGGACCGGACUCUGAAAGAAGUCUUCAAGACCUUUGACCCCACUGCUUCACCAUUCUGCCAGUAAACGCACGACAGUGAUGCUACAGAUAUCUUAGUGCAAUGACGUGUCUAUUGGUCGCUCUUUAACUGUACAUUCAUAUAUAUUUAUGUUCGAUGGAGGAAGUAAGACGCUCAAAUAAUAAUGCUGCGCGUGCUUUCGUCUUAUCCUCCGAAAUGACGGAACGAUGGACAGUUUGAACUUGAGUGACGGGAGUCAUUUUUUACAACUGGAAGAUUGCUGCAUUGACCGAACGUCCCGUCAUAACCCUGAACUUUCCACUGUCAAUGGAUCAAAGAGCAUGAAGCGACAAGCUCUGAUGUUUCCAUGUCAGUGGAGCUUUUGAAAGACUCUGGCUGGUUUUUAAACAUUUAUACAUUUUUUUUAAUGUUAACACGACAUGCUGGUUGUUGCUUUACCUUGCGUCAUGCCAUUCCACUGGUGUUUUCGUGUUCGAUAUUUCUCAAGAAAAUACAUAGUAAGUGCUCAUAAAGAGAAAACAUGGCGGCUGUAACUGAAACAAAAACGUUUUUUUAAUCAGAUUUUAUGUCCUGUUUUUGUGUCAUGCUGUUUGUUUUUACAAAUAUUAAGAAAGAAUAAUCACUUUGAUGUAAAUAUUGUUACACUAUCGGAAAAAAAGCAUUUUAAAAGGUCUUUCGUUUACAUUUCUUUCACUGUUCUGUAAGAUUUUCAGUAGCGGUGCAGUCAGUAGUUUUUAGAGUGAUCUGUUGACAGAAGUAUAUUCUGCUAUUAAAAUAUUUUACAAUAAAUUACAAUGAAAAUAUUGCCAUGUUAACAAUCCACAAGUUUCUGGAGCCUCUUUAGUAUUUGUUCUUGGAGAAACAAACCCCACUGGUUUUUUGAAUCAACUGUGGUGACUUGAGGCCGUCCUGCGCUUGUGGAGCCAGACUGGGGGCUUCAGGGUGAGA